AUGUCAAUAGUGAAAAGGCAAUUUUCUAAUGGUAGAAUGAAAUCUGAUGCUGAUAUAUUUAAAUAAGCAUUUGAAGAAGUAGAGAGAAAAAGACCUGGAUCAGGAUAACCUAUGACAACUGUUAAGUCACCUUUACCUCCAAGAAAGCCUCUCUUUUCAGGAAGUCAAAAAUAAAGAUUAAUUGUUAAUGCUAAUAAUAUUGAGCAAUAAAUUCCUUAACAGAAGUUAAUUAAAUCUAGUCAAAAUAGUUAACAUUCAUCUAAGGCAUCGCUAAGUCUCACAUAGAAUUAAUAAUAAUUGAUUCAUAUUGUAACUACUAUUUUAGAUUUACUUAUUUAGAAAAGUCCUUAAAAAUAAACAAAACCUCCAAUACAUAUUGAUAAAAAGAUCAUUAUUGCAAGACAUGAAUAAAUUGGAAGUUCUGGGAGACCAACAAUGACAGGAGAUAAUUAAUAAAGAAAUAAUAGUAAAUAAAAAGUAUCAAGUGCAGGAACAAAUACUAAAUAAUUUAAUUGGACUGAUGUAAUUGAAUUACCAUAACGUGAAUCUUCUUUAAAUGUAAUUAUUAAAUUAUAGCAAGAAAAGAAGGUUAGUUUCAAGAGAAAAAUUAAAAGCACUUCCAGGAUAAUAUUAAACACAUUAAUAAUAAUCAAUUACUUAAUCCUGUAGAUCAGAAUAAAAUUAAUAUCAUAUUUUUGAUCAGUAAUUAACUAAAUCGGUAGAAAAUAAACAACCUCUUUGUUAUACUGAUUUUAGUAUGACUUCUAAAAAGAAUGAUUUAUAAAAAGCUUUUGCUUCAAUCCAAAUGGAAAUCAAAUAAGCCUCAUAAGAAGCUAAAUAAAAUCCAAUUGAUUCAUACAUGAAUGGUAAUAAAUCUCAUUAUAUAUUAUAUUAUAGCAAUUCCAGAAUAGGAAGAUGAUGGAUGUUCAUCAUUGGCGUAGAGUACUCUCUAUUAAUUUUAAUGA